UGAUUAAAACGUUUCUCUAACAUUUUUUAAACUAUUCGAAAGCACCUAAAAAUAGGCUCAGAAUAUAUCAGUGUCGUGUUAUUAACUUUUUAAGUCAUUAAUACGGUUUAAUAAACUCCUGUCAGACGUGACUGAAAAAAGGCGCCACAGAUAACCGCGCUUUCUUGUCAGAAUAUCCGCUGUCAAAAGAUAUUCUCUCCGAAUGUCACCGUGUCGUUAUUCUUAUGUUGUUAUGAUGACCUUUUAAAAGUCAUUAAUACAGUUUAUUAACCUCAGAAAUCCCUGUCAGACGUGACUGAAAAAAAGGCGCCACAGAAAACCGCCCUUUCUUGAAAAUAUCUGCUGUUAAAUGAUAUUCUCACCGAAUAUGUCACUCUGUCGUUACUGUCAUGUUACUUAAAAUAAAUGUUUUGGUUGUGAAGUAAGAAGUUUCUCACCUUAGAAUUUAAACGACGAUUUGUCCUGUCAGACGUCAGUUACGUCGAGCGCGAGCGCCGUUGCUUGUUUUCUCAGUCCAGCACAGCAGAUGGCGCUAUCAUCCCGCCGGAACAAAAACACAGAAAGAAAGAAGAACUUACAGUUUUAACAGCUGUUAUUUUCAGAUUUUAUGGAGUUGAAAAAGGAAAGUGAAGAACUGAAUGAAGUGGAGGAGAAGCCACAAGAUCCCAUUAAGGAAGAAGAAUCUUCCAGUUGCUCAGAUGCCGAUUCUUUGACCUGCACUGAGUGUGGAAAGAGAUUCACGAGCGCAGGAGAUCUCAGUGUUCACCUCAGAAUUCACACCGGAGAGAGACCGUACAUCUGCCAUCAGUGUGGAUCGAGCUUCAUCCAGAAAGGAAACCUGAACGUGCACAUGAGAAUUCACACCGGAGAGAGGCCGUACUCAUGCCAGCAGUGCGCAAAGAGGUUCAUUCACAAAUCAGACCUCAAGAACCACAAGCGAUUUCACUCCGGAGAAAAACCGUACACAUGCAGUCGGUGUGGAAAGAGCUUUGCGAGUAAAGGAAACCUCAAAGUGCACACAAGAACUCACACCGGCGAGAAGCCCCAUAAGUGUGUGCUCUGCGGAAAGAGUUUCGUUCAGAAAGGAAGCCUUCAUGAGCACAUACGGAUUCACUCCGGAGUGAAACCGUACACCUGCUCGCAGUGUGGAAAGAGUUUCAAACGCCAAGGCCAUCUUAGGUGCCACUUCAGAAUUCAUAAUAACAGAAAAAACACUUGCGUUUGUCCACAAUGCGGGAAGAGUUUUUCAUGUAGAGGAAACCUUACGAGUCACCUGAGAAUUCACUCCGAAGAGAAAUCUUACUCGUGCCUUCAACGCGGAGCGACUUUCACGUGGCCGAAGACUUUCGAAGAUCAUCUCAGCUAUCAUUCUGGAUCAAGGCCUUUUAAGUGCGGUCAGUGUGAUCAUGAGAAGCCUAUUGCGACGGAACGGACGAUUGUUCACGAAGACGAGAGGAAGACGUACACGUGCUCUUUUUGUUCAAAGACUUUUUCACAGCUGCGCUUUUUCGAGGAGCACCGGAAAAUCCACACCGGAGUGAGAUCGUACGUGUGCUCCGAGUGUGGGAAGAUCUUCACCACGCCUGGAAACUUGCAUCAGCACCAGAGGAUUCAUGCUGGAGAGAAACCGCACCAGUGCUCGCAGUGCGGGAAGGGUUUCAGUCGGUUGGACGGCAUGAGGACGCACCAAAGGAUCCAUACUGGAGAGAAACCGUUCGAUUGCGCUGCGUGUGGAAGGAGUUUCAGAGACUCGAGGAAUCUACUGAGGCAUAUGAAGAAGAGCUGCCCUAAGUAGUCACCGAGAACUAUAUCUAUAUAUCUGUUAAAGAGUUAUAUGCCAGGAGCCAAACCAAUCAGCUACGAGGAGAAUCACAACACUACAAACUUUGAUUUGAAGCAAAAAAAUACAAGACUGUGAACCUUUAGGGAUAGUUCAUCCAAAAACUGUCAUCAUUUACUCACCCUCAAGUCGUUCCAAACCCGUAUGAGUUUGUUUGUUCUGCUGAAGAUUUUCAUUUUUGGGUGAACUAUUCCUGUGAACCACAAUCCCAUGAAGCAUUGCAAACAGCAUAAUGGAAUUAAAAACGAUGGAGAAAUAUAAAACUACUCAUUUACAAAUGUUGAUUUUAUCCGGGUUCGUACGGUCAUGAAAAACCUGGAAAAGUCUUGGAAUUUUAAAAUAGCAAUUUCCAGGUCUGGAAAAGUUUCGGAAAAAUAAAUAAACCCAGAAAGUUUUGGAAAAGUCAUGGAAAUUUGUUUCAAAAUAUUCAUAAAAUUGAAUAUAUGUUUAAGUGAUAAUAUUGGUUAAACAAACUACAAUACUCAGCUUCAUUCAAUCCAUCCGACUGUGGCAUUCUGUCAGAUUUCGUUUUACAACGUUGAGCAUUAGAACCAAUCACACACGUUUUUGUUGGGCUAAUGAAUUUGAUGGCCAAUCAGAGGCGUUCAGAUUUGAACAUGGAAUUUUAUUCUUAUUUUACAUGUAUACACAGACGUGUCAUGAAUAUUUGCCUCAAAAGUCGUGGAAAUUUAUUGGUAGAAACGUGUACGAGCCCUGUUUUAUAUAUAUAUAUAUAUAUAUAUAUAUAAGUGUAUUGCAAAAUAUUUUUUUUAUAUUUUAAUGUUUUUGAAAGAAGUUUCUUCUGCUUUUAUUUUUAUUUAUUUGAUCCAAAAUACAGUAAAAAUUGUGAAAUAUUAUUCCAAUGUAAAUCAUCUGUUUUCUAUGUGAAUAUAUAGUAAAGUGUAAUUUAUUCCUGUGAUCAAAGCUGAAUUUUCAGCAUCAUUACUCCAGUCUUCAGUGUCACAUGAUCCUUCAGAAAUCACUGUAAUAUGAUGAUUUGAUGCUCAAGAAACAUUUAUGAUUAUUAUCAAUGUUGAAAACUGUUGUGUAUAAUUUUUUUCGGGAUUAUUUGAUGAAUAUAAGGUUUAAAAAAAAAAACAGCAUUUAUCUGAAAUAGCUUUUGUAACAUAAUCACUACCGUUCAAAAGUUUGGGGUCAGUAAGAGUUUUUUUGUUUUUGUUUUUUUGGGAAAGAAAUUAAUACUUUUAUUCAGCAAGAAUGCAUUAAUUCAUGGAUUAACAAUUGAUCAAAACUGACAGUAAAGACACUUAUAAUGUUGCAAAAGCUUUAUAUUUCAGAUAAAUGCUGUUAUUUUGAACUUUCUAUUCAUCAAAUAAUCCUGAAAAAAAUUGUACACAACUGUUUUCAACACUGAUAAUAAUCAGAAAUGUUUCUUGAGCAUCAAAUCAUCAUAUUAGAAUGAUUUCUGAAGGAUCAUGUGACACUGAAGACUGGAGUAAUGAUGCUGAAAAUUCAGCUUUGAUCACAGGAAUAAAUUACACUUUACUAUACAUUCACAUAGAAAACAGCUGAUUCACAUUAGAAUAAUAUUUCACUGUUUUUACUGUAUUUUUGAUCAAAUAAAUGCAGCCUUGAUGAGCAGAACCUCUUUCAAAAACAUUAAAAAAUCUUACCGUUCAAAAACGUUUGACCGGUUGUGAAUUUUGGGUUUAUUGCAAUAUAUGCAUAUAUAUAUAUUUCAAUUUUUUGAGAGCGUAGAGAGAUCGAAUUGCAGUGCUUCAUGGGAGUGGGCUGAGCUAACAAGAUUUUUGGUGUUCUCUGCUUGUUUCUACUCUGAUUGGUGGAAUUUUCUGUACAGCAUCAUGGGUAAUGUAGCUUUUUGCCACAAACUCUGCUGUUAAACAUGGUUAUUGUAAAAACUAAGUUGAAAUAAUGUGGGCUGAUGGCUUCAACUGAAGAAAAUAUCAUCCAUUAACAUCCUCGUAUCUCACAGCUUAUAAAUUAUCGUUAAAAAAAUCAAUUUCCCUAUGGAGAAAAUGAAUGUUUUUACUUCCGGAACCGACUGUUGCACUUAAUUGUGUUGUAUAUUGUCAAACUCAUCUCAAAAGAAUUAAAUAAACUAAUAUACAUCU